AUGGAAUACCGCCUGGAUCCGGGCCAGCCCGGCUUUACCCUGAUCGCGCAGGACAUCAUGUGCGCAUACCCCAUCAGCGACAUCUAUGCGCAAGCACCCCGGAUCCUGUAUUACUGCUUGCUCUUCCUGACAUUCGUCACGCUGCGACACCGAUGGCUUUCUCAGAUCUUCCUUACAGGCGCGGUUGCGUAUGCUGCCAGCGCUGCGAUUCACGCAUACAUUAUUGUGUCGAUACCGUCGAAAACACCACCACCUGCGCUGGUCAGUAUUCCGUUUAUCUCGUCGACAUCCAACUUGACCAGGACUAUCACGUCGCUGGUGACCAAUGCUAGUGCCGUCGUCGUGCAGCCUGACACGGUGGAAUUGGACAUCGACCCCAUCACCGCAGUGGUAGUAUCUGCAUAUCUAGUCGGACUGCCGCUGCAAAUUUGGUCACGCACGAUGCGCUCGCGAACCAUCAUCCGCUACAUGCUGCUACUUUGGAACCUGUUCAUGCUGGCCGGCACAAUCUGCGCGCUGGUCGCAUGGCCCACGACGAAUCUCACUGCGCCGCAGUACCGCUUCUGUUAUGAUGGCUACCCGGACCAGGAUUCAGAGUCCAGCGAUGGCUGGGACGCGACGUACUGGCGCGGAACCUGGAAUGCGACCGUGUCGGGCAUCUUCGGCGAUCCAAACAUGGUGUGGCAGAAUAUUUCGAAUAAUUGCUUCUAUCCGUGCUUCAACACGAGCCAGACUCUACGGCAGAGCUCGUCACUGAAAGCUGUUGUCUCGACGCCGACGACGACGUUUGCGAAGCUGCAUAAUGCACAGCGAGAGAUGAAGGAUGAGUUCCGGCCGCUGAUUUACGUUGCUAUUGUGGUCUUCUCGGUGGCCCAGUUCUUUUUGUAUACCGUGUCGAUUCUGAGAUUGGGCAGCGAGUCGAUGCACAAAACAAUCCACGAACCGCAGUAUUUGUGGCGCGACAAGGGCAAGAUAUGGAAUCAGUUGAGAGGGGAUAUGCUACGGAGCUAUUCGACCGUAGUUAUUCUGUGUCGGAGGCUUAGACGCCGUGGGCGUAGAGCUUCGUAUACUGCGACUGAGCUGCAGCCACGGAGCUUCGUAGCUGUCCUACGCCUGGUUGUCGACAUCUUUGCGCUCAUGACUCUUCUCGCCGGUAUCGCGAUUUCUCCUCCCCUGGUGGUGGCGUUUAUUUGCUGGAUCGAAUGGUACAUCCGGAACGACGGAGCAACGAAUGAAACAAUCAACCAAGUUGGGCAGUGGUCGCCUCUGGUUUCGGUCGCGGUUGUGCUUUUUGCAGCGGUUGUUUAUCAAUGGAAAGGCCGUCUGGCUUCUCGGGAUGAGGUUAGUGAAGAGAUACGCGAGGUGGAGUUGCGGUUGAGACACCUGAAGGGACAGUUGGAAGAAAAGAGUAGCAAAUGA